GAGCGGGCCAACACUUGAGCUUGCACAACAAAACCUCUUCUUGCCCCUCUGGAAAGUCACUUCACACGCCUGCACCAUUCCCCACUCUUUAGCCCAACGUAAGCCUGCACCACGACCUGCUUUUUGCUCAUCGACUUCGUGCGAAUCCAACUAACACUUUUUACUUCCACAGUCUCUGCGCAUCUCGUCUCGUCCACACUUCUCUCCCGCCACAACAACCUACACCAUGGCCGAGACUGCCGCCCAACCCAGCUGCCCGACCUUCAAGCUCGUGCUUGUCGGUGACGGUGGUACUGGAAAGACCACCUUCGUCAAGCGUCAUUUGACCGGAGAGUUCGAGAAGAAGUACAUUGCGACGCUCGGUGUCGAAGUCCACCCGCUCGCUUUCACCACCAACCUUGGCCCCAUCCAGUUCGAUGUAUGGGACACCGCAGGCCAGGAGAAGUUCGGUGGUCUCCGUGACGGAUACUACAUCAACGGCCAAUGCGGUAUCAUCAUGUUUGACGUGACUUCGCGUAUCACAUACAAGAACGUCCCCAACUGGCACCGUGACUUGGUCCGUGUCUGCGAAAACAUCCCCAUCGUCCUGACCGGCAACAAGGUCGACGUCAAGGAGCGCAAGGUCAAGGCAAAGUCCAUCACCUUCCACCGAAAGAAGAACCUCCAGUACUACGACAUCUCGGCCAAGUCCAACUACAACUUCGAGAAGCCUUUCCUCUGGCUCGCCAGGAAACUUGUCGGCAACCAGUCUUUGGACUUUGUCGCCGCUCCCGCUCUUGCGCCUCCCGAGGUUACGGUCGACCAGGCUGUUCUCGAGCAAUACCGACAGGAGAUGGAGAACGCCGCUCAGAUGCCUCUGCCCGAUGAAGAUGAUGCCGACUUGUAGAUAUGGGCAUGAGCUUGCUCCUGGCCACGACCAGGAGUGUAAUGGGUACACGAAUCGA